UUGUGGAAGUUGUGGUGAGGGUUGUGGCGGAAGUUGUGGUGUAGGUUUUGGAGGUUGAGGAGUCGGUUUUGGAGGUUGUGGAAGUUGUGGAGUGGGUUUCGGAGGUUGAGGUGAAGUUUCUGGCGUAGGUUUUGGAGAUUGUGGAGUCGGUUUUGGAAGUUGUGGUGUAGGUUUUGGAGGUUGAGGAGUCGGUUGUGGCGGGUGUGGUGAUGGAGUUGGAGAUUUUGUUUUGGGUGGUGGAGGUUGAGGAGUAGGUUUUGGAGGUUGCGUAGGGGGUUGGAUUGGCUGUUUAACUGGUUUUUCUUGUUCCUUUUCAAAUGCUGGUGAUUUGCUUCGAGGCGAACUCCUCUUCGUCGGAUGAUAGAACAGGGAGUGAUUUAAGUUCGCCUUCAGGCGAUAGACGUGGGAGUGAUUUAAGUUCACCUUCAGGGGAUAACUUACGUUUAGGCCUGCGGACUUUGGGUUUAUCAACCAAUGUUUCUGGUAAAUCCAAAGGCGAAGAUUCUAAUGUAUUACUUUGGUGUUGUAAAGUAGCUAUUAUGAAUUGAAGCAACUCUUCUGUUGAAGUAUGUGAACCUCUAGG